UAGACAACAUUUUACCUGUAUGAAUAUUAACACUUCUUAAAAGGUGGGAGUGUUGAAUGAAAUUCAACCCGUUUGCGAUGUUAAAUGGGCGUGUAAAAGGCGUGUCCAAAAGUUAUGGGCGUAUCCAUCUGUGAUCACUGAUUGGAUCGAUGACCUCGCGAUACCCCCCGGCACGCCCAUAUACCUCCACACCGUGCAAUUAUUAAAGCACAGCCGCAGCCGAUUUCUACCGCAAAGUCAAGAAACAAACCGUCGAUGCAUAUCGUAUUUCAUUGAAAAUUGCACUUUCAAAUGAUUCGAAACAAGUCUAACCUUAGCCUAACAAUUCCAAGCUAGGAUUUGUCGUCUGUUAAUUGCUCAUCAUUUUUGCAUCAGGUUGUGAAUUCCAAUUUUAAUUUUCGGGUUUCUUGGCCAGGCCAAUUACAGUACAGCGCUGAACACCGUUGCGGAUCCCCGUCCGUAUACAAUACAGCGAUCGAUAAAAGAACAACCAUGAACGUCAAUGCACAGAGAAAGAAGAUAGGAGUGGCCCUGUUUGGCGUAGGGCGUGCUGGAGCCAUCCACAUCAAAUACCUUGCCAUCUGUCCUCGCGUCGAGCUAAGGUGGAUCGUGGAAGAGGACGUCGAGAAGGUCAAGCCCUACUUAGACCAGCUUUAUCUCUACGAUACUCCUGUCAUUUCUAACAAAGAAGCUGAUAAGGUGUGGAAUGACGAGAAGACUGAAGCGAUUGUAGUUUGUGUACCAACUUUACUUCAUGAAUCUAUCAUUCUGAAAGGACUUGAUAAGGCGAAGGCCGUAUUUGUGGAGAAACCAAUUGCUGUCAAGUUAGCUGACACCAGGGAAUGCUACCUCAAGGCUGCUAGGGUGGGCAAGCCUCUCUUAUGUGCUUUUAACAGGCGGUUUGAUCCAUCUAUCCGUAAGCUGAGACAGAGGGUACAGAAUGGGGAGAUAGGACAGGUCAGGUGUAUAAAGACGACGGCCAGGGAUGCCCCUUUUCCUCCUAUAGAAUACCUUAAAAUAUCAGGUGGAUUCUACCAUGACUGCGCUGUUCACGACAUCGACCUUGUUCUCUGGAUACUUGGUGAGAAACCAACCAGCAUCUUUGCUCAGGGCCACGCCUUCAACGACCAAAUCAAAGCCAUGAACGAUGUCGACCAGGCUGCCAUCGUCCUCAAGUUUCCGAGUGGUAUAAUCGCGACUAUCGACCUCAACCGUGAUGCUGUGUAUGGUUACGACCAGCGAAUAGAGGUUUUAGGAUCCAAAGGUAUGUUGCAAUCACAGAACAGAAUAGAGGCACCUCUCACAAAGCACAAUGAACAGGGAGAACUUCUAGAUCCGAUCUUCCCAUCAUUCCCUGAGCGCUACAGCCAGUCGUACUGCGAUGAGAUGGACCACUUCCUUGAUGCUGUAGAAGGAAAGAUCGAGAAGUUGGAUGUGUCAAUGGAGGAUACAUUGAGUACAUCGUGGAUUGCUGACCUAUGCGAGCAAUCCAUGCAUCAGGGUAAGAUGAUUCCUUUUACCAAGCCCACCUUCUAAAGUUCUACCACCGUGAGUGUGCGGGAAGAUCUGAUAAAUUCUCUACCAAUGAUGGGGGAAUGCUCACGAGAUGAUCCCUGUAACCAAGCCAGCGUUCUAAAGAUCUACCUCCAUGUGGGUAGGAAGAUCCGAUCAAUGCUCCACCGAUGAUGAAUGAUUUCAAGAUGACCCCUUUCACCAAGCCCGCAUUCCAAAGAUUUCCUGUAUGGAUAUGCUCUGCUAAUGAUGAUUGUUCCAAGGGUCAUGUAGAAUAUACCGCAUUGGUGCCAAGAUAUCCAGGGACUGGUAACACAAAGCUUGGCAAUGAUCGUUGAACAUUUUUCUACGGUUGAUUGCAUUAACCACAAUGUACAA